UGUGUGUGUAUGUGUGUAAGUAUGUAUGUGUAUGCAUGAAUUGUGUGCGUGCCUCGGCUGCUGGUUCACAGCAUACAGUCACAAUGAAUGGCUGCCUGUAGCGAGGCGGAGGGAGACACUAGACCGCUUCUUCUGCGCCGCUCCUCCAUUGAAACACUUUCCAGCAGAAUACAGCCAAGGGGACCCUGUGGUGCUGGGCAGAGCGUUAUGGCUCAGACACUGCAGAUGGCGAUCCCUAACUUUGGCAACAACGUCCUGGAGUGUCUGAACGAGCAGCGGCUGCAGGGACUCUACUGUGAUGUGUCCGUGGUCGUCAAGGGACACGCCUUCAAGGCCCACCGCGCGGUGCUGGCAGCCAGCAGCUCCUACUUCCGGGACCUGUUCAACGCCGGGGGAAAGAGCUCGGUGGUGGAGUUACCCCCGGCUGUGCAGCCGCAGAGCUUCCAGCAGAUCCUGGCUUUCUGCUACACGGGACGCCUCAGCAUGAACGUUGGAGACCAGUUCCUGCUCAUGUACACUGCUGGCUUCCUCCAGAUCCAACAGAUCAUGGAGAAAGGCACAGAGUUUUUCCUCAAGGUCUCAUCUCCAAGCUGUGAUUCCCAGGGCCUCCACACUGAGGAGACCCCGCCCUCUGAGCCUCAGAGCCCCGUCACUCAAACUGUGGGAGGGGGUGGCGUCGGGGUCGUCGCCACAGCUGUGGGAAGGCCCGCCUCUUGUCUGACGCCCCUACCUCUGGUGUCUAAGGUGAAGACGGAACAUACGGCCACUACACCUCAGCCCGCCCCACAGCAGCAGGAGGGCUCCCCCUACUCUGUGGUCUGCACCCCCGUGGCCAAGCGGCUGUGGGAGGGGGGCAACCGUGAUGGAGGAGGGGGGUGCAGAGGGAGUGGAGGAGGUGGGAUGAGGAAAGCUGCACGCUACUCUUCCUCCUCCUCUUCCUCCUCCUCCUCCAACAACACUACCCAGGAUGCCUCUGGACGCGGACCUGCAACCAACGCCGUGAUGGUGGGCGGCGGCGGCGCCUCUUCAGUGGGAGGAGCUGGACUCAACAGUAACCAUAACAACAAUAACAACAACAAUGGGGGGACCCCUGAGGGCAUGAGCCCAGGCACACUGAGCAUGUACACCAGCGACUCGCCCAUCAGUUACCACGAUGACGAGGAAGAGGACGACAUAGCGGAUGAGAGCGCUGAAGAGCAGUACAGACAGAUCUGCAACAUGUACACCAUGUACAGCAUGCUGAACGCCGGAGCAGCAGUGGUUGGGGAGCGUGUGGAGGCUCUGCCAGACUUGGCCCCGGAUUGUGGAGGUGGGCGGGGGGGCAGGGCUGGGCGGUCCCGACAGGAUUUUUUCGCGGAGCUCAGCAGCCAGAUUGGCAACCGCUGCCACCCGAAACUAUACGAGGAGGGCGACCCGGCCGAGAAGCUGGAGCUGGUGAGCGGCACCUCUGUUUUCAUCUCCCGUGCUCAGCUCAUGAACUGCCACGUCAGCGCCGGCACCCGCCACAAAGUGCUGCUCAGACGCCUGCUGGCCGCAUUCUUCGACAGGAGCACUCUGGCCAACAGCUGUGGAACCGGCAUCCGCUCUUCAACCAACGACCCGAGUCGUAAACCCCUGGACAACAGAGUGCUGCACGCGGUCAAAUUCUACUGCCAGAACUUUGCGCCGAGCUUCAAAGAGAGUGAGAUGAAUGCCAUUGCAGCCGACAUGUGUACCAACGCCCGCCGCGUCGUCCGCAAGAGCUGGAUCCCCAAACUUAAACUGCUGAUGGCCGACAGCGACGCCUACUCUGCCUUCCUGGCUGACAGUGUGAAGAUGGAGGCAGAUGCACUGGGGGCGGAGCAGGGUUUUGACCCCGCCUCCCUGGAGGCCGUGGCAGCGGCAGCGGCCGCCAACAAUAGCAAGGCAGGAGGUGGAGCAACGCCAGCAGACGCCCUCCAGGGGGCAGGAGGAGACGGCAGCACUUUGUUUUGAGUGAGUGAACGGACAGAUAGAUUGAUGGAGGGAGGGAUGGCAUUUCUCUGGGGUGCUGAGUAGAGAACGGAGGCCACUGUGGUCGUAACGACAGUUGUCACUCCUCACCUAGCGCCAUGAGUUUGGGGACCUGUUCUUCUUCUGCACCUCUUUUGGUCAGUUUGUUCUGCUUUCCUUCCUUCCUUCAUUUGUCCACAUUUCUCUCUCUCUCUCCACGACCCAGAAUGCCUCAUUUGGGGUUGUUUUUCCUUCCUUUUCUGGUGGAGAGAGAAAGACAGAGAGAGAGAGGAAGCAGAGGGAGGAGGUGACAGUUCCCCCCCCCACCACCUCUUCAUUCCUCUGCAGCCUUUCUAAAUCUGAUUGUUUUAGUCUUUGUUUUUUAUGUUUUAAAAGUGUGUACUGUCACUAAGGCCCUUUUCCUUACCAUAAUCAAUCACAGACGUUCCCUGGGAAUGGGGGUGGGGGUGGGGGGAUAAUCCUGUUUGGAGAAAGUGAUUUUUCCUUCCCCAAAGUCCGGUAACACUGUUGUCUUGAAAUUGAAUGUAUGUGUGGUGCAUCCGAACUGCAGCGUCAGUGGAGGCUGAGUCAGAUUAUACACAGCCCAUUUUUAUUUGUUUGUUUGUGUGUUUUUUGCUUUAUUUCAUCUGGACACCCAGAUGUAAGCUUCUCCAAGAGCAUGGUGUUGAUGAGGUCAGGAGUUGAAAUGAAUAGUAAUAUGUAUAAUGGCAUGGUUCAUGACCUUCCUGACCUCUGCCUGACCCCACCAGCCUUGCUCUUUAACCCCCGACGGGCAUGCUGGGAAACUGAACCACCAGAUUGACAGGGUGGUGGCAGAUGGGGAAAGUUUAAGAUUUGCUCACCCCUAUAGAAAUGAUGUUUCUGUGUUUAAAUGUUUUCUUUGUGUGCGGCUGUUGCCGAGGUUGCUGAAAAAGAGGAAACUUAUUACUGAUGAUUGUUUGCGAGAGAUAAAUGCACUGUGUUAUUUUCUGCGGCACAAGUACAAUCGAACUAAAGUUUUUGUACGUAUUAGAAAGAGGGGCGGUUUUAUUUUAAAAAAAUCUUUUAAAAAAAAGAAGAAAAAAUAUUAGCUGAAAUCCAAUUUUUAUCUGUUUGUCACCAAUUUUUUUAAAAUCUGAAGGAAAGUCAAGAAUUAUCCAAAAGCGAGUUUCUGUGUGUGUUUGUGUGUGUGUGUGUGUGUGUGUGUGUGUGUGGAUACAGCAGCACUGUUGUUUUGUUGUCAGCUUGUGUUUAAAUGGUUUUCACUAAGAAUAUUCACAGCCAUGCCUAUUAGCAGCACGUCUCCUCGGGCUCUGCUGCCUGGAUGCGUGCUCGCCUGGCAUGGACAAAGGUGCUAAUUCAAGCAUUGGUACAUGGCAAGGAAUACAGCUCUGUGUGUGUCUGUGGAGGUGUGACUGUUUGAACGACCACUGAGCCUGUGUGCGUGCUGCAGUAGAGAGGGAGAGUGGGAGGCCAGACGGCAUGUUUUCACACGCGCUUGGUGAAUUCAUUCACCCAUCACUGCGGUGAGCACACAUUCACGCUAAUACGCAUUUGGGCGCUGUCAGCUGCAUCAGCUACAGUAUGCCGAAGCAACUUGGGAAUUACACUGAAGCAGACCUGAGAGGUGGCUCUUCAUCAUGUGUGGGCAAUCAGCUAAAAUGUAUUUUGUGUUUAAUGAGGCUACAGCAGAUCUGAUGUAGAAGUUGCAGUGCACUCGAUGAAAGUUCUGUUUGUUGGUUCAUCAGUUAUGUUCUUGGCCUUAUGUGAAAGCUGCUAAUAAUUGGAACUGAUAGAAAAAUGUUGGCAUAGAAACAACCCUGAAAGUUGCAUUGCAGACAUAUUCGCCUUUGAUACUUGGGUCACUGAAUGGUAGCUUUUGAGAAAAAAAAACAAGAAUACACAACUAAAUGGUUUCUCUUGAGAAAAAUUGACCUCCAGAAUCCACAGUGCAGCUGAAUGCACUCAUAAGCUAAAGAGCUUUUUGCUCUUGUUCAGUUUAGAAUGCAGAAGCUCCAGGUGAAUGUUUUGAUUCAGUGCCACUCAUAUUUUGGCUCUCGGAGCCAUUGUGGUGUUUCAAAUGAAUACUCAGAUCCUCCUUACACCAGAUUUUAGUUUCAGUUUAAGCUCUGUCUCUGUCUUUUAAUCAUCAGAUCAAUCCCAGACAAUCAAUAUGUAAAAAUCAAUCUUUCUUAUAACACCUGACACAUCUGUCUGUUUGGCACCGGAGAAUGAAAGGGCUAAUGGAAGCAUUAGUGUGAAUAGCAUUAUACGAAAGCUAGCCAACUCUAAAUUUGUGUACUCGGUUUGUGUUCAAUUAAUUUGAUCAGUGCCCAUUAGUUUGUGUUUUGGAGAUCAACACAAAAGGGUAAAGCCUGUAAUUUUUUCCCCACAGCUGGCAUAAUCUGUGACAGAUUCAGAUAAAUCUCUAAUUCUUUUAGGCUGAUGUCAGGCCCAAAGUACAAUGAGUUGUGUUAAAUAUAUCCAGGGCACACAGGCGGUUUAUUACCUCACACCAAAGUGGGAUAAGUCCGUGUGCGCAUUAAGGUUUGGACAAAUCGAGCCUGAGACCAGCACAGUGGGCAUCUAACCCACUGAUGACCGGUGAGGUCUCCAGAUUGUCAGAUGUCAGUCACUGUUGUAUGAGACAGACUUUAAUUUAAUCCCACUAAUUAGACGUUGAUAACGGUGCAGCUCAUCCUUUAUGCUCUCAGCUGGGCUUGAAAUAAAUUACUGAUGGUAUUGAUGACACUGAGUCAAUAACAGCACAUACUGGAUUGAACCCAUCAGUUAUGUUACUGCAGGAUUCGUCCAGAGAUUCUCCAGGUAAAACUAGCUCUUUUUUACCGUAAGGUGUUAAGAAACUGACAAGGUACCAACAGCCAUUUAUUAGUUUUAAGGCAGCACAUUAAAAAAGGAUCCCACUUUAUUAACAGGGCUGUUAUUUAUUAGUGUUCUUUUGUGUUGUGCACAUAAAUACAUAUAAUGCACAUUGAGUGUGGCACUAAAUGAAAGUUUGACUCUGCUGAAUUUUGGGGAAAACGGUCAGAUUGGAAUCGGAUUUUGUUCCUAUGAAGGUCUUAAAUGAUUUUAGUCUAGAACAGUGUUGGAGACACUUGGAGACCCGCGUACUGUACUGUAUUGUUGUGUAGCCUGAAGAUUGUCUGGCUGCUUUGGUGCAUUUGGCAAAACCUGUGAUAACUGGUGGUCACAUUGUGCGUUUAGACACUUAGAUUUGAAAUGAAAGUGACGCAGCUGCUGUACAGGCGCAGCCGUCAGCAUUCCAUGUUUGAUUCAUGUGACAAGUCACUUACGUCUGCAUUUAAAAUAUUUAAUCCUUCCUGUUUUAUGUCCCACUUCUUCCGAUGAUAAAGUUGCAAAUCUGCCAGGACCAGCAACUACAUUAAUGCAUUGGACCGCUAUUGUUACGAAAUCCUCUCUUAGCAAACAUGUAGUACUUUUAAAUCAUGCUAAUCUUGAAGAGCAAUGCUUUGAAACCCAGUCAGGAAAGGAUUGUAUGUUUUUUAUGAAUAUUUGGCUUGUUUUUUUUCCCCCCUCAUAAAUAGAGGAAACCUCAAGCACCUUAUUACCAGUGUGGCAUCAGAAAUAAACAAGUGGAGGAUAUUGAACUGCUUAAUCACUGCCACAGUCUUAUAUUGAUGUUUGGCUUUGCAUACAGAGUUGCCAGUGCGCUCGGAGGAAUUGGUGCAUUGUCCUUAUUGCAUUAAGUAAUGAACGCUGGGGAGGACUGAAGUCAGUGACGACAAAAAUCUCUUUAUUCACAGAAGACAAAACAUUCUGGGCCACCCAGCCUUCAUCAGUGUCACAAUCAUACAAGUACAUCCAGGUGACUCCCCUUAAGGAAAGAAGCUUUGCACCUGACAAGGCAAACGAAUACACGGCAACCAAUGAGCAUCCAGAAUUAGAACAAUAGAGCUUGCCUCACACACAGACCCCCAAGUUGAAGGGACUGUCAUUAAACCGUCUUUUAAGCAAAACCCAGAUUCGAGUAAUCAAACACCCUGGAGAAGAACCAAAAAGCUGGCUCGGAGGUGUCGUCUCAGCUGUAGUGAGCUGAACCCGUUUUGUAGAAAAGUGUUAUAAUAAAUUCGGUUUCCCAACCUGGCUUUUGGGGAAAGAUGUUUACAUCACUAUUUGUUGUUGUUUUUUUUUGUUUGUUUGUUUUUAGUAUGAACAUUUUAAUGUAUAUAAAGUCUUUUUUUAAAAGAGAUUUUUUUUAGUCUAUCAAUCAAAGAACUGUUGGUCACAAGACAAACAGCUAAAGGGCAGAGCACGAAGUGAGGUGGAUGGUAAGUGGGGUUUGUGUUGCCCCGCCCUCGGUUCCAGAGCACACGGUACAAUCAGUGGAGACUUAACCAAGUUCAGUGACUGAGAACAGAUGCGAGAAGUGUGAAAGAGAAAGGAAGGUGAAGGGAUUUGGGGGUGGACAGGGAGGCAGGGGAGAGACUGAGGAGACAGUUUGCACAUUAUCACAUUAUUGUUCUGUUUUCCUUUUUUUAAAAAUCUUUUUUUUUUUCCCAGUGCUUUGUUUAAACCCGCCGCCUUAAAUGAGAAAACGGUUCAGAGAGAGAGAGAGUGGAAAAA